UCAUGAUCCAAUAUCUCGUCGAACAAUUGAUGAUAUUGAUGAUGAACAAAGAACAUGGUGUAUUCUUGAAUAUUCAACAAAUUUUAAAAAAUAUGAUAAAUUUAUAAAUAUAUUUCAUGUUUUAAUACCAUUUAUAAUUAAUAUAUUCUCUGCUAUAUGUAUUACGAUUCUAGUAUUUCGAAUGCGUUUAAAAACAAAGAAAAAAUCUACAUAUAAAAAACUUCUUUGUGUUCAAAUUCAACAAAAUAAACAUCUUCUUAUAUCACCAUGUAUUUUAACAUUAUUAUCUAUUCCUCGUUUAAUUAUUUCAUUUUUAUCUGGAUGUAUGGAAUCAAUACGUAAUCCAUGGUUAUAUUUAACUGGAUAUUAUAUUUCAUUUAUUCCACCUCUACUUAUUAUUAUUUUAUUUAUUUUACCUUCAAGAACAUACAGACACGAAUUUGUUUCUAUUAUAAGAAAAAUUAAUUUCUUCUCAAAAUAA